CCUGCUCCUAGCUGCACUGGUGAGUGCAUGUUACAGUCUGUGUGAGCCCCUCCCAGCAGUACACGAGACUCCACAGUACUGGAUACCCAGCAAAAGGAUGACAAGUUCUCUCUCCCUCAGGAGUCAUUCUCCUGCCCUGCACUGGAGCACACACAGUUGCCAGGACUGAGUGUUAUAUAAGGAGGAAGGAAGGCUGCAGAACUAUCCUGGACACUGGGAGACCCAUGUGUGCCUGCCAUUCCCUCUGACUGACAACUCUGCACGUAGUAUCAGGACACAGCACUGUGGAGCAGUGAGAAUCUGUUCCAUGCCUGGGAGAGAGGGGGAUCUCACUGUUGGUACAUUGCUACUUAUCUGACUGGCACUAUUGGAUGUACAGGAGCAGCAGAAGAAGCUGGAUUAUGUGACUUGGCCAGGUGUUACAGGCAUGACUGACACUUGAAGCAGGAUGGCAACAAACAAAACAUUAUUGGAAAAUCAUGGCCUCAUUCCAAUGAUUGAAAGAGGCGGAGACUUAUUUGAAUCCAAACUUUCAAAAGAAGCUGACAUCAUUUCUGCAUUAUACCUGAUGAUCAUUGGUAUUCUCUCAACAGUUGGGAACAGCUAUGUCUUAUAUAUGGCUUGUAAAAGGAAGAAAAAGCUCAGGCCGGCUGAAAUAAUGACACUUAAUUUAGCAGUGUGUGACUUGGGAAUUUCAGUGACUGGAAAGCCAUUCUGCAUAGUGGCCUUCUUUAGCCACCGCUGGAUAUUUGGAUGGAGCAUGUGCCAGAUGUACGGAUGGGUCGGGUUUUUCUUUGGCUGUGGAAGCCUCAUAACCAUGACCGUUGUCAGCUUUGACAGAUAUCUGAAAAUCUGCCAUCUGAGGUAUGGUACCUGGCUGAAACGCCGUCACGCAAUCAUCAGCCUGGUGAUAAUCUGGUCCUACGCAUCGUUUUGGGCCACACUACCAUUGGUUGGGGUGGGUAACUAUGCCCCGGAACCGUUUGGAACGUCAUGUACUUUGGACUGGUGGCUGGCACAGGCCUCUGUAAAGGGGAAGGUUUUUGUUCUCAGUAUAUUCUUCUUUUGCCUCUUCCUCCCCACCGUGGUUAUCGUGUUUUCCUACGCAAAGAUCAUUGCCAAGGUCAAGUCUUCUGCAGAGGAGGUGGCGCACUUCGACGCCCGGAAUCAGAAAAACCACACACUGGAGAUCAAGCUGACCAAGGUGGCAAUGUUGAUCUGUGCAGGGUUCCUCAUUGCCUGGAUUCCAUAUGCCGUUGUGUCUAUCUGGUCAGCCUUUGGAAAACCUGAUUCUGUUCCACUUGAAUUUUCCGUGGUACCAACACUGCUUGCCAAAUCAGCAGCUAUGUACAAUCCCAUCAUUUACCAAGUUAUCGACUACAAAUUCCCAUGCUGCAGGACGGGCAAAUCACUGCAGAAGUCAAAUUCCAGAAUCUACACUGUAAGCCAGUACCGGAGAUCAGUUCCGUCCACAGAUUGAGGAGAGACGGCAGAACUACAGACAAACUGUGAUGACUAAUUUAUUCCAGGAGAUUAGAAGACUAGACCCCUGUAUUUUCCAGAAAUGUUUAUUUUCCUAUGUGCGUACAGUAUAUCUAUAGAAAGCUAUUUGGUGAGGAAACACUGUAUACCUGUGUUGUGCACAGUGAAGAUUUUGUUAUAUAAUAUAUCAUUUUAAUGAUGAUAUGUCUGAUCAAAAUACAGAAAUUGCACUAAGUUUUCUCUGUGAAUGAUGAAACACUGUCAGGAAUCAGGGGAUUCCACAGCUAUGGAGACGAAGUCCCACGAAAUAAGUUGUUUGUAUAAAAUAAAUUAUUUCAAGGUUCAUUGUGCAUACAUUAGACGUUGGCACAUUAUACACAGAGCGAUGCAGGCUUUAGUACCAAAACGCCACAGCUACUGUAUAAGAUGUAUUAUAUUGCUUUAUAUUUAAAUGAAUUCAUAAUUUAUAUUUCAAAACCUUUUUGUUUAGCUAAAAUAAAAACAUAUAAUAUAAAAAGAGACUCACCACUAUAAUAAUUUACACAUAGCGCUCCACAGUAAUGUAAAUAUAGGGCUGUUUAAGGCUAAGGUUUUUAAUCUGAUUAAAUUAGUUACAUACGCCCUUAUUUAUCAAUGAGUGAUAAAUUUCACUGUGAGUGAUAAAUUGCACCAGCCAAUCAGCUUCUAACUGCCAUGUUACAGACUGUGUUUGAAAAAUAAAAGAUAGGAGCUGAUUGGCUGGUGCAAUUUAUCACUCACAGUGAAAUUAAUCACUCGUUGAUAAAUAAGGGCAAUAGUUCUUUAUAUGCUGCACUUAUUACUAUAAUACAUGACCCCUUUUUGCACCAAUUUAUACCUACAUCACCUCCCACCCCAUCUGCCUGUUCCCAGUGUAUAAGUGGUGACAGACAUGGGGGUAGAUGUACUAAAAAUUGGCCAAAAAUAGAUCUAUUAUUGAUGUACAAAUUGACCAAUGUUGACAGGCUGUUCCAAGAAAAACAAAUCCAUAUUUUUAAAAAAAUCAAUUUUUGAUCGAUUAUAUUCAUUUAUUUUUUUACAUUUUAAAUUGAUGUCAAUAUUGGUUGAAUUUUAGGUCUAAACUCUAAUGUCACUCAGUUCCUUACAAAAUCCACAUAAAAAGCGUCAGAUUUUUUUUGCUGAUUUUGCUGAUUUUCUAUUGGACAAAAUAAACCACAUGCAAGAAGCUGCUAUUGUUCCUUUAAUUCUGGUUUGCGUACAUUUCCGAUGGUUGGGUGCCUGCGAUGGUUUGCGUACAUUUUCAAUGGUUGGGUGCCUGCGAUGGUUUGCGAACAUCGCCGGCAAUGGGGAGCCUGUGCAGUGCCCCCUGUGCUGUUUGAUUCAUUGACGGGCGCUAUGGCAAUCGCAGCUGUGAUUGUAUAGGCUGAGGAUGUGUGAAAGUAUUCCAAAAACCCAGCAGCCCUGAAAACUACAGAGACGCCCCCUGGAGCCAUCACAAAGGUGCAGCAACUGCAUACACAUUCCCAGCACUUAUGCACAUCCUUCCAUAAUCAUCAGCUCAAGUAAAUAAAUGGUCAAGCAGCAUGGCAGCCUGAAAGGAGACGCCCAAACACGGCGGUGACAGGCCUGCGUUCAAUGCUCACAAAUGGUGCCUGUCAUUUAGACUCUGUGACGGUAAGCGCAGCGAGCGGCAUUGCUAUUAGACUAUGGCGUAUGCGCAGAGUGAUGCAUAUGCAUGCGCAAUUUACAGAUAAUCACUCAAUUGCAAAAAACAUCGGCAUAGCGUCCAUCAUCCCUACUUUUAUAGGCAUCGUAAUGAAGGUUUAGGCAAUAGAAUGUGUUUUAGAAGUGAAAAACACCUAUUACUCUAUUGCAUGGUCGAUUUGUGAUCAAUUUUACAAAGCGACUGUUAGUAAAUCUAUUUGCGUUAGAGGGGGUCUUUAAAACAUCAAUGUUUUUCCGAUGUUCAAUUUUGGGUGAUUUUUACUUUUCGUUAAUAUCCAACAUGCAAAGUUGACAAAAAAUCGGUGGAAAACAAAAAAUCAACCUUUAGUUGAUACCCCCUGGUCUCUUUAAACAAAUCCAAAGAAAGAGAAAAUUAUUCCUUAAUGCUGUUUCCUUCAGCAGCAAUUAGUAUGUGCUCAGCUCUACUGUAUAAUAUUUUUAUUAUUAUUAUCUAUUAAUUAUAAGGCACCGCAAAGUUUCUGGGGCACCGUACAAGUGGUGACAUUAAACAAUAAUUACAGAGCAUAGGCAGACUACACAACAGAUAGCCAUAGCUUAAGUACAAAGCCAAAGCAUUACUAGAACAAUACGGUCCGUGAGUAAAAGGGGCGUACAAGACAACAACAUUAUAUACCUGACACAUAGACAUAGCCAGAAUAACAAUGAAGGGAUGGCAUCUCAGAGAAAUCGCAUGGCAGACAGGUGAAUUUGGCAUCAGACAUAGGUGGUGGUGGGGUUUAAAGACAGACAGACGUUGCGUAGCAGUUAUGCGUAAUAGGAUGAAAGGAUGAAUGUAGAACCAAUCAGAAUAAGGCAUGACAGGGACACAGAAGGGAGCUGGAGAGUGGACAGGUGUGAGAUGUAAGGAGUAGGGCCCUGCCUGUUAGAACUUACAUUCUAUGGGGGUUAUAGGGCACAAUAGAGGUCAGUGGUGCAUUAGUUAUAAUGGUGACAGCUGAGGCUAGGUGGUACAUAGGUCUAGGAGGUGCAGGGGCUGGACUGUUAUGGGGCUUAGGGCCCAGGCAGUUCACAGGCCAAGGCUGGAGCCUAAAUAGUGAUAAGGUCAUGAUGAAGCAAGUUGUCUAUGGUGGUAUGGAGGACUGCGCUGAGUAGAUGGACUUCCCUGACUGAGUGUAGACUGAGGGCCAGAGAAAGUAAUUAGCCUGAUGUGGCCCAGUGUGCAGUAAGUAGCUCACCUUGAGUAUACAGGCCAGAAUCAUCCUUUUCUGAGGCACGGUGGCUGAAGAAGACUGUGACUGCGAGUCAUCAGAAGCCCAGCGGCAGGCUCUAAGCCCUGUCAUCCUUCACACAUUCUGGAGCUGCUGGAACAUUACUGGUGGAUAUUUCCAGACUGUGGUCCUGAUUCAAGUUUUUAUGGAAUUGCACAUCUGCAAGGAAGCGGCCGUGCAAUUCCGUCUAAUUAAAAUGCUAAUGCAGCAGGAGGCGCCUGUAGAAGACGCCUUCUGUUAAUGAGGAUCCCAGUGCUGUGUCUGAAAACUCAGCCUUGGAUCACCAUCGCAACCAUCGGUCGCAAUUUGCAAUUGUCAGACACCCGAGUCCAGGAAGUCUCAGUCCGACGACGCAGACCCUGGACCGGUCAUGGCCCACAAAACAUUCACAUCAUACCCAUGUUUUGAAGAACGGUGCUGGGUUCUUUCCCCGCUCCUCCCCCCAGUAUGUCAGUCAUGCUGCGGCUGACAGGGGGCUGCGAGCGACAUCGCAAGACCCGUUCUGCAUAUGAAUGGGUCUUGCGCCUGUCCAGACCUACAACCAUUGUAUUUGUACGCAAACCAUCGUGAGCGGAUACAGUUAAAUAAUGACGCUUGUCUGUGCGGCAGGAUAUGCGUAUCAGUUAUACCUUCACCAUGUGUUUAUAAAGCACAGGUCGUGUAGCGCUUGGGAUUCAGAAAUACAGCCUAAUAGUUGCUCUCAAUGAAAUUUAACCAAUACAAAUGUAAAACAAUAAUAUUAAUAAAUAAAUGCAAAUAAAGUAAAAAUAACAAUGACAAAUCUCCCGGGAGUGGAGCUUAUCAUAUGCUAAGAAAAUACCAAUGUCAAACAAUAUAUUUAUAAAAAUGUAUGUGCAGAAAUAAGUCGGCUACUGUCCGUCCGUCAGCGGUGGGUGCCGCAGUAACACUCGCCGAGCUGCUCAUAUGUAGAGUAGACAUGGAAAGAGUCCAAUGUACCCAAGUGUGACACAAAGGGGCCUAUAUAUUAAUUAUUAUUUGCGGGAUAUCCUCUGAAUACACCCAUUCACAGGGGGUACCACAAGUGCCCCCCAAAUGUAUCUACAGGGGAUCCGCUGUUUUUGACAGCAAAAGCAGUCUCUAAAUAAACCUAUGGGGGUUGCUUUCUUGCCGGGAUACGGUCAUUAGGUCGACCACACUUAGGUCGACAGUCAUUAGGUUGACCACUAUUUGUCGACAUGCAUUAGGUCGACAUGGAAAAAGGUUGACGUGGGUUUUUCACAUUUUGUAAACAUUUUUGAACAUUUUCAUAUUUUACGAUCCACGUGGACUACGGUUAGGGAACGGUAACCUAUGCCAAACGCAGCGGUAGCGGAGCGAGGCACCCUUGCCCGAAGCAGGGAGGGACACGGUGCACUAAUUGGAGUUCCCCAUCACUUUACGAAGAAAACUAGACCAAAAAAGUAAAAAAACUCAUGUCAACCUUUUUCCAUGUCGGCCUUGUUCAUGCCGACUUAAUGACUGUCGACCUAAGUGUGGUCGACCUAAUGACCCAUAGCCGUCUCGCCAAAUUUACCAAGCUUACCCCAGUAGCUACUGCCUACAGCUCACAAUAAGCACCAGGAUACGGAUCUGUAGGACCCUUCCCGGCACUCACCACUCCCGCAUGCUCGGCCAGCAGACCACACAUACGCAGUAGUGUGACGUGCCCCGGAAGUAAAAGUAAAGCAAUCGCUAAUGCAAAUGGCUUUCCUUUUAUACAUCGCAGGGAUGGGCUCCUGUUCCUAUGUGUACAUUAGUGCAUACCUGAGAAACUGAAUUUCUUAUUGCCGCGAGUAACUACCGGGUCAGAAACCGAUAGUUAAUAAAUGGGCUCCAAAGUAUCUCAAUGAUGCGAGUACAGUAACGAUACAAUGUUGUCAUGACCAAUGAAGAUAGAACUGGACUAAACAGAUGACUAAUGGACAUUUGUACAGUGCAACAGAAUAUGUUGGCGCUAUAUCAUUUACUGUUAAUAAAUAAAUACAAUGACAUAA